UCCUUGUAGUUUGUUGUUUUUCCGACGCUCCCUGAAGGCAGCAUCACCCGGGUCAGACCGGGUCUGGAUUCCGGGAGCUGUUCUACGUCAACAGGAGCGCGGAGGAGAACCGUCCCAGUUCGUCUUCAGAAGAUCCGAGCAGAGGCGGCGCGUCCUGGUCUGCGCGUAAAACUCUCCAAAAGUGUCCAGAGGCAGCGGAGCGCGCGCAGCAGCAGCAGCACGAGGACGAGGACGAAGACGGGGGGACAUGUUGGAUCUGCGCGUAAAGACGAAGUGAAACACAGAAACUUUAGAACAACAACAGAAGAAGAAGAAGAAGAAGAAGAAGAAGAAGAAGAAGAUGUUGGCGAGAAAGAGCAUCAUCCCGGAGGAGUUCGGUCUCCCGGGCCUCGUGUCCCGCAUGCCCCGCAAACCGGUGUUCCGCGACCGCGUGAACAAGGCGCGCUUCAUCGCCAAGAACGGCUCGUGCAACCUGGCGCACAAGAACAUCCGCGAGCAGGGCCGCUUCCUGCAGGACGUGUUCACCACGCUGGUGGACCUGAAGUGGCGCUUCACCCUCGUCAUCUUCACCACCACCUUCGUCAGCAGCUGGCUCCUCUUCGCCAUGAGCUGGUGGCUCGUGGCGUUUGCGCACGGGGACCUGGACCUGGACUCGGAGCCACAGAACCGAACCCACUGCGUCACCGACGUCAAGUCGUUCACCUCCGCCUUCCUGUUCUCCAUCGAGGUCCAGGUGACGAUCGGGUUCGGAGGACGAAUGAUCACGGAACAAUGUCCCGCCGCGAUCACCGUCCUCAUCCUGCAGAACAUCGUGGGACUCAUCAUCAACGCCAUCAUGCUCGGUUGUAUCUUCAUGAAGACGGCUCAAUCCAACCGCCGCGCAGAGACGCUGAUCUUCAGUCGUCACGCCGUCAUUGCCGUCAGAAACAACAACCUGUGCUUCAUGAUCCGGAUCGGCGACCUGAGGAAGAGCAUGAUCAUCGGCGCCACCGUCAGGCUGCAGGUCGUGAGGAAGACGACGACUCCGGAGGGCGAAGUCAUUCCCAUCCAUCAGAUCGACGUCCCGACAGAGAGCGCCGUCUCCAGUAACAGCCUGUUUCUCCUCGCGCCGCUCAUCAUCUGCCACGUCAUCGACAAACACAGUCCCCUCUAUGACCUCUCGGCGAUGGAGCUGCAGUGCAGUGACCUCGAGGUCAUUGUCAUCCUAGAGGGAGUGGUGGAGACGACGGGAAUCACGACGCAGGCUCGAACCUCCUACGUCGCCGAGGAGAUCCAGUGGGGUCACCGCUUCGUUCCCAUAGUAACGGAGGAGGAGGGCGUGUACUCGGUGGACUACUCCAAGUUUGGAAACACAAUGAAGGUGGAGACGCCGGUGUGCAGCGCCAAAGAACUGGACGAGAAGCCGUCCAUCUUGAUCCAGACGCUCCAGAAGAGCGAACUCUCGCACCAGAACUCGCUGAGGAAGCGGAACUCCAUGAGACGCAACAACUCCAUGCGUAAGGUGGCGGGCGGCAGCGGCAGCCUGCGCCGCAACAACUCGGGCCUCGUCGUGCCCAAAGUCCAGUUCUUCACGCCGGGAGACGGGGUCCAGAACCUGAACGCCGUCACCUGACAUGAGGCCGGCCCCCUGCUGGCCGCCCUGCUCCUCCUGGUGGGACGGAGGACGGUGGGCGUGGGCGCGUCUCCGCCUCUGAUGGGACUUUUUCUUCUUCUCUUUUCUGUUUUAACGCGACUCGUCACCCGACACGUUUACUGCUGACGUCACACACACACACACACACACACGUUUUUAUAUGUUGAUGAUGAAGACACAUCGUAGACAUGAUGCAUUCCCUAACCAUCACAACAAAGUGCCUUAUCUUAACCCUUAACCUUUCCCUAAUCUAACCCGAACUCUAAAACCAGAUCUUAACCCUGAAAAAUCCCUUUAACAGACAAAAUGUCCCCACAAAGAUGUACAAACAUGUACACACACACACACACACACACACAGAGCUGAUGAAAUAAUAAUUAUCACAAAUUCUCUCAAAAGGGAAUUUAACUCUGUACAGGACUUUACUUUUUAAAUCAAUCAACAUAAGGAAUGAAAUCAUUGAUUAAAUAAAAAUGUUCUUCUAUUUGUAGAAUAUUAUUCAGUUUUCGCUGAUUUAACCUGAAACUCUAACUUUUUUAAAUUUAAUUCAACCCAAACUUAUGUCAUUUAAUUUAAAUCAUGUGCAAAUAAUCCAAUAAUAAUGAAAUAUAAUAAGAUAACAUACAUAUUUCUAUUAUUUUCUAAUUUUUUGUUAUUGUUGUUUUUUGACUCAAAGAAAACUGUGAUCUCACUUUUUCUUUUUUAAACUUAACAUUUAAAGUACCAGUGACAUCUAGUGGUGAAGUUGCACGUUGCAGUCAAUCAUUUUGCCUCCGGUUCAGUUUAGAAGUUUGUUUUCCCUCAUUAGUGAAGUUUGUUGGUACAAAAACAAUAAAAAAACGUCUAAAAGGGUUCAUUUCUUUAA